UUCACCUCUUCUUGGCUUGAAACAAUAAAGGAAAAAGAGCCACUGUGAAUUAAAAGGAAUAGCCAAUAAGAAGCAUGAUUCUCCUUGCACGCACCCCUUGACGCAUGACAUAAUUUUCAUGUACAGUAUACAUAAAAAACGUUCCUGGAAUAGCCUAUCUUUAUUUUUUCACUUCUCUUCUUUUACUUGAACUUUCACUUCGUUUCCAACAACGAUAACACCAGCAACAUUUCGAAAAAAUAAACCCCCUUAUCCCCCACGCCGCUCCUUCAUGAACUACGUCAACAACAAUGUCUCAGCACCAUCGACGCAAUAACAGUGAUUCUUCAAACAAAUCCCCUGCCCUCGAAGCGCUUUAUAACGAUCUCGAUGCAUUCAUCCACGAACUCUCCGGAGAUGACCAAAAAGUCGAGGCAUUUACCUUGAACGACGCGCCCAAAAAUGCUACCAAACAGAAUGGAAACGAGGUUAAUAUAAUAUGCUUCAUGGAACAAAAAAAAAGGCUCGAGAUAUGUGUUGUUGACAAGUGAUAUGCCCACUCUCUCUCUCUCUCUCUCCCAAAUUUUUUUAAUAAAUGAAAAAGGCCCGGGACCAAGACCGUAAUAUUAGUCGAGACUCACUGUGUCCUACAGAAGACGGAGAAUCUUAUACCGGUUAUUCGCCCUUACUAGAAAACUAUGCCUAUGCUCGACCAUUUGACACGCAACAACAACACCAGCAGCAGCAGCAACAGCAACAG